UGUGCGAAUUAUCAUUCCACACAAAGUAUCAGUCGAUUGAUUUAAUUGGACGAGGCAACACCUUAAAAAAACUCAACACGAUUUUGUUCUAAACUUAAUUUAAAAUAAUCCUACCUGAAAGUGGCAAAAUUUUGUGAUUUGUAAGUUUUUCUUUUGUCGUGCAAAAAUGAGGGGUGUAUUUGCAUAUGGAAUAGGUGUUUUUACGAUGGCGGUUUUACUCAUUGGUGCAGGUUUUGUGGUGGCCAAGGUAAUUUACACUGAACCCGUUCCAAAAGAGCAUAUGGAUGUUGCCUCAAUCUUGACUGAUUUACGAAGAGUGAUGGAAAGUUCUGAAUACAACUUGGAUGCUUAUUUAAUUCCAGCAAGUGAUUCCCAUUUGGGUGGUUCAUCGAGGCGAGUGUCCUACGUGAGCGGCUUCACGGGAUCAAAUGGAUUUGCAAUUGUGGGGAGAACGAAAGCCGCGGUGUGGGUUGAUGGUCGAUAUCACCUGCAAGCUGACCGCCAGGUCGAUACGACUUAUUGGGAGAUUAUGAAGAGUGGUUUGCCCGGAACGCCGAGCCAUGAGGAGUGGUUGAGGGACAACCUCCCCAGUUCCGGACGCGUAGGACUGGAUCCGAACCUAUUCUCACCGAAUGACUUUGAUCGUUACUCACGCUACCUGAGCCAACACGGUCACAGAUUGGAGUCCGUUGCAGACAACCUCGUGGAUUUGAUUUGGGAGGAUCAACCCCAAAUACAAUUUUCUGAACUAGAGGUGCUUAGCCUCACCUUCAGUGGGCAGCCAAUUUCUGAGAAAAUUGCCGCAAUUCGCAGUCAGAUGGAGAAUUUGAAUGGAGAAGCUCUCGUUGUGACGACACUCGAUGAGAUAGCAUGGCUACUCAAUGUUCGAGGAGGAGAUUUUUCCACAACACCCACCUUCUAUUCCUACGCAAUUCUCACCAUGAAUGACCUCUAUGUGUUCUUCCAUAAGGAUAGGAAUGUCCCUGAUUCGAUUAAAGAUCACAUUAGACAGGAAUCUGGUACUAACUGCAUUUUCGAUUUCGACUACGAAACCUUCUUAGAUGGAUUGCAACGAGUGGUGAGUGAGACCACAAAGUAUAUAUUGAUACCAUCUGGAUGCAAUCAAGCGAUUUUUGAGAAAGUUCCUGCUGAGAGAAGAUAUGUUGUCAGUGGAUACAGCCCCAUUGCGCGUCUAAAAGCAGUCAAAAAUACCGUUGAGGCUCAAGGGUUGAGAAAUUGCCAUGUAAGGGAUAGUGUGGCUGUUAUAAGAUACCUCCACUGGCUCAAUGUGACCCUCGGUCAGGAGACAAUUACGGAGAUCAGUGGUGCAACACGUCUUCGGGGCUUCCGUGCUGAUCAAAUGUACUUCAAAGGACUCAGCUUUGGUUCCAUUAGCGGUUUUGGGCCAAAUGCAGCUGUAGUUCACUACUCCCCAACGGAAGAGACGAAUCGUGAGAUCACCACAGAGGGUGUCUAUUUGAUUGAUUCAGGUGGCCAGUAUUUAGAUGGUACUACGGACGUAACGAGAACCGUUCACAUGGGACAACCCACGGAUUUUGAGAGGCAAGCUUUCACACUCGUCCUAAAAGGACAUCUAGCCAUUGAUCGUGCCAUUUUCCCACCCGGAACACCUGGAUCCCACUUCGAUGGUCUCGCUAGGCAAUUUCUCUUCCAAGAAGGCAUGGACUACGGGCAUGGAACUGGCCAUGGAAUUGGAGCCUACCUGGCCGUUCAUGAGUAUCCACCAUUGAUCUCCAGUGCAGGCGGUGCACCGGGAUUCCUUGAGAAUAUGUUUGUUUCCAAUGAGCCCGGCUAUUACGAGGCAGAGUCAUUUGGAAUUCGCAUUGAAAGUAUUGUUCAAGUGGUGAAAUUCGAGGGGAAACCCGGAAUGAGAGAUUUCGCUGGCCGUGGUGCAUACACAUUCCACGCAGCGACCUUGGUGCCCUUCCAACUGAAGAUGAUAAACACGGACUUAAUCACCAAAGAAGAGGCUGAACAAAUUAAUGCAUAUCAUCAAGAAAUUGUUGAGACUGUUCGCAACUUGCUAAACGAACAAGAUCCGUCUGCUUAUGCAUGGCUUUUGGAGGAAACAAAACCCAUUGCAUCGACAAUGGCUUGAAGAGAGAUGACAAAUGGGAUUUUCCACAGCCAUCCUGUAGGAUUCCGCGUGUGAUCUUGUGUGCAUCCCAUAAGUAUUAUGAAUGUAUUACAUUGACUAAUUUACAUAAGAUCGUAAUAACAAGAAUAAAUAAGGAAUUCCGUGAA